AUGGUGGCUGUGUUCAACAAGGAGCUUUUGAGCUGGUAUCUUAUUACUCUAAAGCUCAAAGAAACUGUCGACGCCGGAAUCCCAACUACCAGCCGAUCGAUCAACUUUUCCGGCGAAGAGAAUCAACAGUCAUAUGAACCACUGCAGAUUGAUAUCAAUGGUGGUUCGGAAACCAUAAAAGAAGGUCCAAAAUCGCCGGAAUCGGAAUGGAUGAUCACGGUUAGAGAAAGGCUUGAGGUUGCUCAGAAAGACGACGUCGCCGGAACUUGGGGAAAGCUCUGCAUCUAUAAAGUUCCUCAGUAUUUACGCGAUGGUGAAGAUAAAGCUUAUAUUCCAAACAUCGUCUCUUUAGGGCCUUACCACCAUGGAAAAAAACGCCUGAGAAACAUGGAUCGCCAUAAAUGGCGGGCGUUUCACCAGAUUCUGAAACGUGGUAAUCAAGAUGCUAAACUCUACAUCGAUUCCAUUAAAGAACUCGAAGAAAGGGCAAGAGCUUGCUACGAAGGACAGAUUACUAUCAGCAGUAACGAAUUCGUGGAAAUGAUGGUUCUCGAUGGCUGUUUUGCACUCGAGCUUUUCCGGGGAGCUGCAGAAGGGUUCUCGGAACUCGGUUAUUCCCGUUGCGAUCCGGUUUUUGCAAUGCGAGGGUCGAUGCAUUCGAUUCAAAGAGACAUGAUAAUGCUCGAGAAUCAGAUUCCUUUGUUCAUCCUUGACAGAUUAUUAGGGCUCCAAUUUGGACAACCAGAUCAGAAAGGGUUAGUCGCGAAGCUGGCUCUACGAUUCUUCGACCCGUUAAUGCCAACCGAUGAACCGUUGACGAAAAGCCACCGGAGCAAAAUGAAAUCGUCUCGAGGGCAUGACGUUUCCAGCGCGUUUGACCCGUUAUCGGACCAGUCAUAUCUUCACUGUCUCCAUGUUUUCCGGCAGAGUCUAUUGAGUAGAGGACCACAGAUGGAGCCAAGAAGAUGGAUCAAACGGUGGUCGCAUAGUAACCGUGUCGCCGAUAAACGUAGAACACAGCUCAUCCACUGUGUAACCGAGCUUAAAGAAGCCGGAAUGAAGUUCAAAAAACGAAAAACCGAUCGUUUCUGGGAUAUUAAAUUCGAAAACGGAGUUCUAAAGAUCCCCCGGCUGUUAAUCCACGAUGGGACGAAAUCUCUGUUUCUUAAUCUGAUAGCAUUCGAGCAAUCGCAUUUGGACUGCGGGAAUGAGAUAACGUCGUAUGUGAUUUUUAUGGAUAAUUUGAUAAACUCGCCGGAGGACGUGGGAUACCUCCAUUACAGUGGGAUUUUUGAGCAUUGGUUAGGGAGUGAUGCAGAUGUGGCGGAUCUGUUCAAUCGGUUAUGUCAGGAGGUGGUUUUCGAUAUUAAUAACAGUUAUCUGUCGGAGUUAUCGGAGAAGGUGAACGAGUUUUAUAAUCACCGGUGGAAUUCAUGGCGAGCGACGUUAAUUCAUAACUAUUUUAGCAAUCCUUGGGCUAUUAUUUCGUUUUUCGCCGCCGUGAUUCUGCUCAUCCUCACGGCAACACAGACGGUUUACGGUGUUUAUGGGUAUUACCGGCCACCGGCAUCUUGA